AUGUCUAACGGUCCGUUUACCACGGAAUCGAACACAUUCACCGCAAGCGCUCGGGGCAUUGGGCUCAAAUUUUCAGACAGUGUCCCUUGGUUGACCGGCGACCUCGAAACCGUCGCAAAAGACUAUAGUCAGUGCCAGGCCAUCAAUGUGGGUGAGCACAUUCGGAAUGAGAAGGGUAAACCUGUGUGGGUUGUAGGUUGA